CAAACUCGGCCUCUUUUUCUUUUUUGUGUUUUUCAGAUUUAAGGGUGGCACACACUGAUCUACUUUCCUCUUCUUCUUUUUCUUCUGUGUUUCAUUGCAGUCCGUCCUUCCUAUGGCAUCUGAAGCAUUUAGCAUUUCAAGUAACAUCUCUCAUCCUAGGAGAAGAAGGCUGCAGUGUUAUUGUGGGUUGGACGCCCCCCUUGUUACUUCCUGGACAUCUCAGAAUCCAGGUCGAAGGUUCUAUGGUUGUGGGUUAUACAAGUUACAAGGAAGGAAAGGAUGUGCAUAUUUUGAGUGGUACGAUGAGCAACUGGAAGAACGUUCAAAUGAGGUCAUCAACUCAUUAUUGAAGAAAGUUAACAAAUUGAAGAAGGAAUUAUUGAUAAAGAAGACUGAUGACAAGUUGAAAAAGAAAGUCAAAUUUUUAGUUACAUUUUUGGUUUUGUCUUGGGUUCUGAUAUUAGUGUUGCUUCUAAAAAUUGUAGUUGGAUAAUGUAUUGUUGGUUGGAUAAUGUAUUGUUAGUGUAAUGAUAAUGUAAUA